AUGGGGUGGGGACAGAGAAGGACAGGACAGACAGAUUGACAGAUGGGCUGGACAGAAGGGGUCAGGUUUCUCGAAGCAGCUGGUUCCCACCUUGAGAGCCUCUUCCCGGAGGCGAUGCGCACCCAGGCACCGGAGGGCAGAGGACAAAAAGCUGCCUAUCCCAGCUCCCUCCAUCUCUGCGAAGGGACCAGCUUGUAACAGACCCAGCUAGGCUGACUCCCCAUCAUGCACCGCUGGCUCAGUCUCCCCACACUCUGUCACUUCCUCCUCCUGGGGGCCUUCGCCACCUCCCACAAAGCCCUCGGCGACCCAGGUAAGAUCUCAGCUCCCGCCCGGAAUCUGUGGGAGAGAAGCGCCCGGUGUGGGGAAAGUGGGGAAGGCACUGUUGGAGGUGCCCAAGGAGUGAGAGUGAUUGCUGAGUGGGCAGAGGAGAGAAUGGGGCAGGCCGGGGAACAGGGUCUGGAUGGGCACUUGGCACAGUGGGGGUCAGGGGGUUCCUGCCACUGUGGCCCCCUCUGCUCAGCAUCCUACCGGGGCCCCCACUACCUCCUGCCCCCCAUCCACGAGGUCAUUCACUCUCGUCGUGGCGCCACGACCACGCUGCCCUGCAUCCUGGGCACCCUGCCUCCCAGCUACAAGGUGCGCUGGAGCAAAGUGGAGCCCGGGGAGCUCCGGCAAACCUCCAUCCUCAUCACCAACGGACUGCACGCCCGGAGCUACGGGGCUCUGGAGGGCCGAGCCAGGAUGCGGAGGGGGCAUCGGCUAGACGCCUCCCUGGUCAUUGCGGGCGUGCGCCUGGAGGACGAGGGCCGCUACCGCUGUGAGCUCAUCAACGGCAUCGAGGACGAGAGCGUGGCGCUGACUCUGCGCCUGGAGGGUGUGGUGUUUCCGUACCAGCCCAGCCGGGGCAGGUACCAGUUCAAUUACUACGAGGCGAAGCAGGCAUGCGAGGAGCAGGACGGGCGCCUGGCCACCUACGCCCAGCUGUACCAGGCGUGGACCGAGGGGCUGGACUGGUGCAACGCGGGCUGGCUGCUCGAGGGGUCCGUGCACUACCCUGUGCUUACCGUGCGUGCUCAGUGCGGCGGCCACGGUCGGCCUGGGAUCCGCAGCUACGGGACCCGCGACCGGAAGCGCGACCGCUACGACGCCUUCUGCUUCACCUCCACGCAGGCAGGCCGCGUGUUCUUCGUGCCCGGGCGGCUGACCCUGUCUGAGGCCCAGGCGGCCUGCCGGCGGCGCGGGGCCGAGCUGGCGAAGGUCGGGCACCUGUACGCGGCCUGGAAGUUCUCGGGGCUGGACCAGUGCGACGGCGGCUGGCUGGCGGACGGCAGCGUGCGCUUCCCCAUCGCCGCGCCGCGGCCGCGCUGCGGGGGCCUCCCCGACCCCGGCGUGCGCAGCUUCGGCUUCCCGCAGCCCCAGCAGGCCAGCUACGGGACCUACUGCUACUCCGAGUAGGGGACCCUCUGCUCAGCAUCCGGGGCCCCUUCCGCACGCGCGACAACGCCUGCGAGUCCUGCGGGGGCUCCUGCUGCCCUUUCCCUCCAGCCUCUCCUCCCGCCAGAUGAAGAGCAGCCCCUCCGGACCCGCCUCCCGGGACUCCUGCGGGUCGGGUGUCGGGAGGGAGGUGGUGGCGUCUCGGUGGCGGGGUGUAGCUGCGACUGGACCUGCGGAUCAAGGCCCCGUGGCGGUUCACGUGCCCCCAGCAGACUACGCAGCCACUGCCUGGGGGUGGGAAGGGCGCCCAGGGGACAUGAACUGACCUCUGUAUACAGCAAUAACACAACUGGAAGUUUUUGUGUUGGACGAAGCUGGAGGGGGAUGAACUCAUAAAGCGUGCAGACUGCGCCUAUGGAGGGCUACUGCCGCUUAGGAGGAGCCUGCAGGAGGGGAUGGCGAGGAGAGCCCCAAACAGCUGACACUCCGUGAGCUUACCGAGCUCGGUACAGACGCGGAGGACCCAGGGUGUUUCGCCAAGCACCGCCAGGGAGCGCCACAAACUCACCUAAGA